CUUUCUUUUAGCCAUCCCAAUUAACCACCACUACCACUUCCACCUCCUCUACUAUUUCAAAUUUAGAAGCUUUGUGAAGGGGAUUUCCCAACUGCUUUGCCACUCCUUUUGCUACUACACUGCUUCUUUCCAAAUGGCCUCGGCUACUCUCUCUGUAGCCAAACCAUCUCUUCAGGCGAAUGGGAAGGGAUUUGCAGAAUUCUCAGGACUCCGCAACUCCUCAGCUUGCCUUUCCUUCAACAGGAAAACCUCUGAUGAUUUUCUUUCAGUCGUCGCCUUCCAGACUUCUGCUGUGGGAAGCAACAGUGGGGGAUACAGAAAAGGAGUAACAGAAGCAAAGCUAAAGGUGGCAAUAAAUGGAUUUGGGAGGAUUGGGAGGAACUUCUUGAGGUGCUGGCAUGGCAGGAAGGACUCCCCCUUGGAUGUCGUUGUCGUCAAUGACACAGGAGGUGUCAAGCAGGCUUCCCAUCUCCUCAAGUAUGACUCCAUCCUUGGCACCUUUGAGGCAGAUGUCAAGGCAGUCGGCGAUGAUGCCAUCUCUGUGGAUGGCAAGGUCAUCAAGGUCGUCUCCAGCCGCAACCCUCUUGACCUCCCAUGGGGGGACUUGGACAUUGAUCUAGUGAUAGAAGGGACAGGGGUGUUUGUGGACAGAGAUGGUGCAGGCAAGCACAUCCAGGCAGGGGCCAAGAAGGUGCUCAUCACUGCCCCAGGAAAGGGUGACAUCCCAACCUAUGUCGUCGGCGUCAAUGCAGACGAAUACAAUCAUGAUGAGUCCAUCAUCAGCAAUGCUUCCUGCACAACCAACUGCCUUGCCCCCUUCGUCAAGGUCCUCGACCAGAAGUUCGGAAUCAUCAAGGGCACCAUGACAACAACUCAUUCCUACACUGGGGACCAGAGGCUCCUUGACGCCAGCCACCGUGACCUUAGACGUGCGAGAGCUGCAGCUCUCAACAUUGUGCCAACAUCCACGGGAGCAGCAAAGGCAGUGGCCCUUGUCCUCCCAACUCUCAAAGGCAAGCUCAAUGGCAUUGCCCUGCGUGUGCCCACCCCAAAUGUGUCGGUUGUGGACCUUGUUGUUCAGGUGUCCAAGAAGACCUUUGCAGAGGAGGUGAAUGCUGGUUUCAGGGACAGUGCUGAGAAGGAGCUCCAAGGGAUUCUCUCUGUGUGUGAUGAGCCCCUGGUUUCAGUUGACUUCAGGUGCUCUGAUGUGUCCUCGACCGUGGACUCAUCACUGACCAUGGUUAUGGGAGAUGACAUGGUUAAGGUGAUAGCUUGGUAUGACAAUGAAUGGGGUUACUCUCAAAGGGUUGUGGAUUUGGCUGAUAUUGUGGCCAACAAAUGGAAAUGAUGAGCGGAUUUGGGAGUAGUGGCUUCAUCAGCUUUGGGGUUUUUCUUUUUUUCUCAUUCCUGUUCUAAUUUUCGCGUUUCUAUUUUUGCCAUGAAGUUCUGAUGAGAAUGUGAAACAUCUUCUCUUGUAUGUUAUUAUGCAAUAAGAAUUCAGUUCUAUCAUUGAGAGGUCCGUGUGCCUCUACACUUUCCUCCUUUCAA